AUGGCUUUUCUCAUCUUUUUUCUGCUUUUCCUCUCCCUCACUGCUCAUUCAAGUGGUCUUUACUGUGUAUGCAAAGAUGGUGUGACUGAUAAACUCCUUCAGACGGCAAUUGAUUAUGCAUGUGGAGCUGGUGCUGAUUGUACCCCUAUUCUCCAAAAUGGACCUUGUUUUCAACCCAACACUGUGAAAGAUCACUGUAAUUAUGCUGUUAAUAGCUAUUACCAGAAUAAGGGUAAUGUUCAAGGAAGUUGUGAUUUUUCUGGUGCUGCAACACCUACUCCAACACCACCAAAUACACCAUCCGGAUGUGUUUACCCCUCAAGUCCCGGAACACCAUCAACAGUUUCACCGCCCGGUUCGAUUCCAGGCGCGGCGGGGAGUCCUAGUGGGAUUGGAAUGGGUCCAUCCGCCACCGGUGAUCCCUCUGGAGCUGGAGUGUCUUUAAUGAGAAACAUCAACACCAUAUUGUUAUUUUUCUUUGUUGUUUUUCUUGUGUUUAGUAUUUAG